ACGUGCCCCAAAUCUUUCUACCCAUCUUAAUUCCAAAGAACUGUAGAAUGCUGAAUGCGUCUCACUGCUUUAACUUAAUCUAUUUCCUGUUAUUGUCGUAUGGUUGAAAAAUGGUAGAUCCUGAAACCAAGGAAGAGAUUCUAACUUGAAUACCGACAAAUUAAUCAUUGCAUCGCCCUGAAAAUUAUCUCCUGCUCUCUUAUAGACAUAGCUUCAUCUCUGUCAUACACAGACUUAAGAGGCCAAGAAACUAAAAAAGGAUGAAUACCCUUCUCGCCGCCUUUGCUUUCUUUGUACCUAUAUUCCUUCUCCUUGCCAAAAGAAGAAUCUCGUCAAAGAAAACCCCUCCAGGCUCACUAGGAAUCCCCAUGAUAGGCCAAAGCCUUAGCCUUCUCCAACACAUGAGAGCCAAUACUGCAGAAAAAUGGCUUGAGAAAAGGAUCCAAAAAUAUGGUCCCAUAUCAAAGAUGUGUCUUUUUGGGAAGCCAACUGUUUUCAUAUAUGGGCAGGCUGCAAACAAGUUUGUGUUCGCCAGCGAUAGCAGCACUCUGGCCAACAGUCAAACAGAAUCUGUGAAGACGAUUUUGGGAGAUAGAUGCUUGCUGGAACUGAGUGGUGAAGAACAUAAGCGUGUGAGGAAUGCUCUUAUGUCCUUUCUGAAGCCUGAAUCUCUGAAGCAUUAUGUAGGCAAAAUGCAUCAGGAAGUUAGGUUGCAUAUUGAGCAGAACUGGCAAGGCAAGCAGGAGGUCACUGUCUUACCCUUAAUGAAGACACUCACAUUCAAUAUAAUCUGCACUCUUCUAUUCGGAAUUGAAAGAGGAACUAGAAGAGAUGAACUUGUGGAUUGGUUCCAAGAGAUGAUAGCAGGAAUGUGGUCAAUCCCAAUUAACCUGCCCUUCACUCGCUACAACCGCAGCCUCCAGGCAAGUAAACGAGUUCAGGACAUGCUCAAGGACCUUAUAGGCGAAAAGAAGCUGCAACUCCAGCAAAUGGGUGCUGAUCCUAAACAAGAUCUCAUCACUUGCUUGCUUAGCAUGAACGAUGGAGAAGAAAUAAGCGAGAAGGAGAUUGUGGACAAUAGCGUGCUUGUUAUGACUGCUGGACAUGACACUUCAUCAGUUCUGGUCACUUUCUUGAUAAGGCUUUUAGCUAAUGAUCCUUCUGUUUAUAAAGCUGUUCUUCAAGAACAGGAAGAGAUAGCUAAGAGCAAGCACAGAGGAGAGCCUUUAACCUGGGAAGACCUUACCAAGAUGAAGUACACUUGGAGAGUUGCAAUGGAGACAAUGAGAAUGUUCCCUCCAAUCUUUGGUGGCUUCAGACAAGCUGCAAAGGACAUAGAGUUUGAUGGAUACAUUAUUCCAAAAGGGUGGCAAAUAUUCUGGGUUUCAAGUAUGACUCAAAUGGACGAUGGCAUAUUCCGGGAGCCGCAGAAGUUUGAUCCGGCCAGAUUUGAGAACCCAUCUUCAAUUCCACCCUACUGCUACAUUCCAUUCGGAGGGGGGCCUCGAAUAUGUCCAGGAUACGAGUUUGCAAAAAUUGAAACCCUUGUUACAAUCCAUCAUCUGGUUACUCAAUUUACAUGGAAGUUGUCUUCUGAUAACCGCUUCAGUAGGGAUCCAAUGCCAGUUCCAACUAAAGGAUUGCCCAUCCAAAUCGUACAAAAGAAACAAAUCUUACAAGUAUCUUAAGCCUUACGAUCGACGAACGCAGUGCUGGUUGAGGGUCCCAAUGAAAAUGCUGUAAUAUUCAGAACUCUUUAUUACCAAACACUAUAUAAUGCUUCAUAUGCCAAAGAAACAAAAUAGCAUAAUUUUAAGUUUGGUUUCUUCA